AUUUCAUUCAUUAGAGUCCAUCCAUCCCUCCCUCCCUCCAUCCGUCCAUUCAUCAACGGGGCACACGCCCUUCCCUCAUAUGCUGGCCGCGCUGUUGAGGCUGAUCGUGACAUCGAGUGACAUCGAAGUGCUCGAAAUAGUCUGUCUCAUCUAUCUCACGUCAGCGCUCGCAGCACAGAGACAUCCGUCGAGCUUUCCACACACGUACACAUCAAGUCCUCUCUCGACGCCCCAGCAGCCAUCCGUCUCACAGGUCAAGAACUUCCACGCGGUGGAACGCAACGUGACCUGAGAUGGUGCAGUCACCAUCGAGAUGGUGCAGUCACCAUCUCAGCUUCAGGUUGCGUGCCACAGACUCAAGUCCCUGAUUCCUUUGAGACCAGCAAGGGAAAGGAACGUCAAUCAAUCACUCAACCCCAUCCAUACCAUGCCACGCCACUCGGACCGAGGCUCAGCUCACAAUACAAAUGCAAUCCCAUCCCAAUCCGUCACUCAUCCCGUGGGUGUGGGGUAGAAGCUCGCUGGGGGCCCUCCACCACCCGGUGGUGCAGCGGCAGGUGCUGCGGGGGGGGUGGUGGCUGUGGUGACGGCUGUCGCGUGUCGCCGCCCUGCUGGCUGCCUGACGGAGGGGACGGGGACGGCACCGACGGAUUCACAGCUGGAGCAGCUGGGGCAGGGGGUGGGUUCAGGCUGCCACCGCCACCACCUCCACCACGAGGAGGCGACUUGGGACGCAGCGCAUCGAUCUCUGAACACACACAAGACAUACAUACCCAAAUGAAUGACCAGAUGGCCACUUAUGGAUUGUGUGUGUGUGUGUGUGAAGGUUGUGGCUCACCGGGAGUUGAUCCGAGGUAUCUGCCACCCCUGGCGUCCUGCACGUCCGGGUACACGGCGUCGCCCUCGAAGAAGGUCCGGUAUGUGUCGGGGUCGAAGUUGCUCGUGUGGGUGAUGGCAUUGCCGAUCGUCACCCAUCCCAUGCGGAUGUUCCGGUCGGUGCCGAACAACUCCAAUCGCCGACGACCUGAUUGAUACACAACCGAACACAGAGAGACAGACGAGGGGUGCACGUGUUGGUGUCAGGGGCAUGGUGUGUGUGUGUGUGUCUCUGACUGACUGACCGAGGCAGAAGUGUUCGAUGAUGUCGUAGAGCUCUUUGGGUUUGGCGGUGCUGCCGAGCUCCUCGGGCUCCUCGUCGACCAGUAUGUCGGUGUCAACGUUGGCGUGGAUGAAGUGCCCGUCGGUGCUGCGCUUCACCGUUCCCUUGAUGCCCAUCAAGCAGUGCUCCUUCGUACGCUGUGACACACACACACACACACACGACAUAGACAGAGGAAGAGAGAAGGCGGAGCAUGGUUGGUUGUCCCAUUACCUGGAGGAUAGAGUGUUCGCUGUGCAGUCCUCCCGCAUGUGUGUAGGUCUCGCCGGUUUCGAGCUCCUUCUGCUUGCGCCGCUUGCUCUCCCUCUUGUUGGUCUUGAGCCACCCGAUGUCCUCACACCGACGGAAACCCCAGUGACGGAGCAGCUCACGAGCCUAUCAUGGAUGGAUACGGGCUUGCGGUGUGGCCGUGUGUCUGACUGAUGUCCCUCCCUCCCUCCCUCCCUCCCUGACUCGCCUACGUCUUCGAGGUGGUUGUUGGCGGCCCAUAUCCAGCAGAAUGAGGGGUUCUCGGCCACCAAGUCGACUCGCAGGUUGAGCAGCUCCGCCUGUGUCCACGGCGUGAGGUCCUCUGACGGAACCAGGCUGACCGGCACGCGGUCAGAGUAUUCCUGCCAGGGGGGGUCGACCAAUAUCACGUCGAAACGACUCCCCUAGCAACCAACGCAGGGAGGGGGAAAGAUGGGCGUGCGUUGAGGGAAGUCAUGCACUCGGUGUGUGUUUGUUGUCUGUGUGCUUACGAGUGCGGUGAGGUCAAAUGUUUUGAGGUCUGCGGUGAUGGAGCAGUAGGGCGUGGCGCGCUUCUGGCAGACGUCAUCCUUGAGGGCCAGCAGCCUCUCCAGCUUGGGAUAGUCGGCGAAGCGGUCCUUGGCCUCCCCGUCACGAAUGAAGUUCUGCGGACGCUCACCUGCACACAUCACAUACCACAUACCCCACCCACACUUGGUCAUGUCCGUUGUGUGUUGUGGCCAUCGGCAGGUUGCAUUCGCAGGUACCUGUAUCCAGGAAGUGCUGGUUGUAGUCGUUCUUGAUCUCAAUCUUCUCCCCGCCAAAUGGCCGCUUCAUCGGCCCUCGCGGCGGAAAUGGCGGGCCGCGCGGACCCAUCCACUCGCCCUCGCCGCCAACGGGUGGCCCAAACGGCCCAGGAGGGGGAGGCCCGCCGAACGGCCCAUCGUACGGGCCGGGUGGCGGGCCGUAUGGCGGAAAGGGACCCUCAUGGUUGCCUCGCCAGCUGGGAGGACGCGGGUAGAUGGAUGGGCUUGGACCUGGCCCUGGUGGUGGCGGGGGAGGCGGACCCGGUGGGGGAGGGGGCUGGUUCAGCGGAGGCCUGAACCUCCCUCCCCUGUGGAAAGGCCUGCCUCGGCGGCUGUCGAACAUGCGUGGCCGGUGCGGCUGCAUGUCCAUCAUCGGCUGGCCGCCUGGCGCUUGGUCGUGGUAUGGGUGAGGUGGGAGAGGGUAGCCCUCGGGAGGAGGGGAGGGCGGCGGACGGAACGGAUGGGAAUGGGACGGACCGUUGCUCCACCGCAUCGAAGACGGGUCGGGAGGUGGCCUCUCGUGCAUCAUCUGAGGCUCGCUUGGCGGACCUGUGAGACGACAAACAGUCACAGGAAGGCUGAAUGCACCGUGAUCUGAUUGAUGGUCUGUUGUCCUUCUGACGUCGAUCUCACCAUCGGCUGGAGGAGGUCCUCUCCAUCCUCCAUGCGGCGCAUCGUAGGGCUGUGGCCUGCCGUCGAACGGCACGUUCCCCUCAUAUGGCUGCAUCAAUCAGCCGAGAAGAUGACAGUCAGUCACCGGAGCAGGAAGAAGCAAACAGCAGCCUGAAGUCAGACAAACGAUAGAUGCAUCAUCAGCUGCUUGACGUCCUUGCUCUGCUGCUCUCGCUGGCGCCG